CUUGUUCGGAAUGAAACUAUUAACAGCAGAGAUUAUACGUUAUUAGUUAAUAUAUCAGAAGCUUUCAGCUGGCAGCACUGGCACAAUAUUAAAAUUGGCUUUAAAAGACCUUUUUUUAGAUUACAAAUUAAAAUAAAUCAUAAAGGCAAAAGUUUGUAUUGAAUAUUGAAAAUAGAAAAAAAUUAAAAUUACAAAGGAAAAAAAAUUAUUUUGAAGAAAAUUCAAUUCAAGCAGGCCUAGACGCAAACAUUUUCAGCGGAGAUUUAAGAAGUAGAGUUCAUAUUGCCAAACGUUUUUGUAUUCAAGAAGAUUCCGUACUUCGUAAUUUCGAUUUAAUGGCUAAUAAGAAAAAAACCAAUUUAUGUAUUAUUAUUGAAAAUUCUAAAAAAUUCCAAUGCAAUAAAAUAAUUUUGCAUUUGGAAUAUCAAAUUAAGUACAUUAUAUAUUCGGGGAGUCUUUAAAGCAGCAAUUGAAACUGUUAAUAAAUAAAACGUAACCUGAAAACUCUCAAUAUUACAAAGGAAAUCAAAACAAAAAAAAAUUCUCAAAUGGAAAUUACAAUGACAGAAAAAGAUUCAACACGGUAUCAAUAUGAACCGUAUCCAACAUUAAGUAAAACGAACAAUAGCUGCACAAAUACCUUAAAGCGCGACGAUAGCUCAGCACCAUUAAAAAGUGUAAGCGUUGUAAGUGGAAGUCAACAAGGCGUUAAUGCUACAAGGAAAAGUCGUCGAAAGUGUUGUCGUUGCUUAAGUAGUAAUUCAACAGCAUUUUGGGCUAGUUUAUUAACAAAUUUAGGCAUUUGUACAUUACUUUUUGCAUAUACGCUACUAGGAUCAUUUAUAUUUUUGGCAAUAGAAGGUGGUGCAUCACAAAUGCAUCAAAGAACAUUAGCAUCAACAAUUAAUAGGCAAUUAAGUAGACCAACCCCAUCACAACGCACCUAUGAAGAUAUCCAAAGUCAAACUGGUGCUAUAGAACAAGCAUUAAAUGAUAGUAGAACGAGGGCUGUGGAAAAUAUUUGGGAUAUAACAGUAUCAUUAAAUAUUCUAUACAGGGAUAAUUGGACUAAAUUAGCAGCUUUAGAAAUUGAAAAAUUUCAAGAUGAAUUAAUACAACAAUUUACAAAACAUAUGUCAGUUCAAUUGCAGUUAGAAAGCGGUGCUGUUAAUAAUGUUGGUGGUAGUAAUGCACCAUCAACAGGCGCUGUUAUGAUACUGCCACCUAGAUAUGGUUUACAAGAAUAUGAUUGGACAUUUGCUAGAGCAUUUCUAUAUUCUUUAACAGUAUUAACAACAAUAGGUGAGUGUAGCAUUUGAUUACUGCCAAUUAUCCUGGUAAAUUUUAAAUUAUUAUUAAUUUAAAUUUUUAAUAAAUAUUUUUAAAUUAUAAAAAAUUUCAUAACUUUAAUAUUAAAUUUCAAACUGAGAUUUUUUGGCUAAAUUCUACUAAAAGCUGUUGGUUUUGAAAUAUUUUUCACCAAGAAAAAAUCCAAAAAACAAAAUACUAAUUGGAGGGGAUGGCUUCACACAUCGCUGCAUUUCCAUGUUUAAUCGCAGUAUCGUUUCUAGCUUAGCAUCAAAUUGUGUUUGAUAUAGAGAUUGUUCCAAACAGGCGUCGGUUUAGUCAAUUUGAAAUUUCUUAUAACAAUUUUUCUCUUUAAAAAUAAAUU